AUGGCUGCUGUCUCCCAGCUCGCGUUGUUGGGGGCGCCCGGGAACCCCGACCCCCCUCCGACCCGCUUCCACUCGGUGCACGGCACCAACAUCCGCGUGGACCCCUCCGGGACCCGGGCCACGCGCGUGGAGAGCUUCGCCCACGGCGUGUGCUUCAGCCGGGAGCCGCUGGCCCCCGGCCAGGUCUUCCUGGUGGAGAUCGAGGAGAAAGAGCUGGGCUGGUGCGGCCACCUGCGCCUGGGCCUGACCGCGCUGGACCCCGCCGGCCUGCCCGCCGUGCCCGAGUUCUCGCUGCCCGACCUGGUCAGCCUCGGCCACACCUGGGUCUUCGCUAUCACUCGCCAUCACAACCGUGUCCCCCGGGAGGGCCACGCAGAGGCGGCCGAGGCCGCGGCCCCCAGCCGCCCGCCAGCCCUCCUGGUGGAGCCGUAUCUGUGCAUCGAGCAGUUCCGCAUCCCUCGCGACCGCCUGGUGGGCCGCAGUCGGCCGGGGCUCUACAGUCACCUCCUGGACCAGCUGUAUGAGCUGAACGUGCUGCCGCCCACCGCCCGCCGGAGCCGCCUGGGGGUGCUCUUCUGCCCGCGCUCGGACGGCACCGCGGACAUGCACAUCAUCAUCAAUGGCGAGGACAUGGGCCCCAGCGCCCGGGGGCUGCCGGCCGCCCAGCCCCUCUAUGCGGUGGUGGAUGUGUUUGCUUCCACCAAGAGUGUGCGCCUGGUCCAGCUGGAGUAUGGCUUGCCAUCCUUGCAGACGCUGUGCCGCCUGGUGAUCCAGAGGAGUGUGGUGCACCGGUUGGCCAUUGAUGGGCUCCACUUGCCCAAAGGGCUUAAGGAUUUCUGCAAGUAUGAGUAAAGGCCUGCAGCCACCCUGGAGCAGGGCUACUGGCCCCAGAACUGUGGCUUAAUCAGAAAGAAGCUAACCACACUGCUGCCAGCUAGGAAGAGAAAUAAACAUCACUGAUGUUGAGGUUGAUCA